AUGGCCACCCCAUCAAAGACAAUUGGUAUCAAAAACUCCAAUAUGACCUACACGGAACGCCAAGCCGUGCGAGUUGUCACCUUCAACGUCUCGGGUCAAAUUGCACUUAUCCACGCCGAAAAAGAGGAUUACUACAAGCUCCCAGGCGGCGGCAUUGAUCCUGGAGAGGACCACAUCGUUGCAGUCGAGCGAGAAAUGAAGGAGGAAACUGGAGCAUUGAUCAAAAUCCGCCCCAUCGGCUGUGUUGCAACAACCGAAGAGUACCGCAAUGAUCUCCAUCAGAUCUCUUACUGCUAUUGCGCAGAUCUUGUCGACGACUCUGGCGCACCUGAGCUGACAGAACUCGAGAUUGAAGAUCGCCUCGUUCAUCGUUGGGUCUCUGUGGAAGAGGCUAGGAAGCAAAUGGAAGAGGCAAAGCCUACGUCCGAAUUCGGCCGCUUCAUCAAGGAACGUGAUAUCUUUCUCCUGGGCGAGGUUCUCAAAAGAAUCCAUUCGCUCAAUUGA